GAUGCGGCUGGGCUUCCGGCGACUUGCGUCAUCACUAGUCAAGUGUGUGUUGAGGAUGUUUCACUCACAGUUUUCGCUGCCUUUCCUCGUGUCCUGUUGGGACUGACGUAAAUGGAUCCAAUGCAGCCCAUUCAGAGCUGCCCAAUGCCUGAAGAACAUACUGGAGCUCUAGGACGCCACAAACCACCAGUCCCAGCCCUGCUUGGAAACUCUUGCAAAAUGCCCACAUCCUCACACUGCCAGACGGUCAUGGCUGGAAACCCACCAGUGUUGGGACAGACCCCGGCACUGCAGACAAACCCAGCCAUUCAGGAGAGAACCAGAUCAGACUCCACUGCACAAUCCACAAGAUGCAUCAGCAUCAGUAGACCCAGGCCUACGGCACUGGCCACCAAGACAUCCAUCAAAGUCUCUAGACCCACUGAGCCUCCAUUGCAGGUUAAAGCUACGGGAAUGUCCAAUUUCCUGUCGCACUCCCCAACCGAGUCACCAUUACCUUAUUGCAGCCCCCAAAAUCCGCUGAGCCCCACCUCUCAACUUGGUUUCAACCCCCCAAACAUUCCCCCAACACUUCCAAGCCCUCCAUCACAGCCUGUCCGUGCUAACACACACAAUAACCUAAUCGCCAGACCAAUCCUCAGCCCAAACCCCAGCCCCCUGUCUAACCCCGUUCCUCCACCGAUACCAAGUCCUGAAGCACAUGUACCAAACACAGGAGACACUACUGAGAAGUUGAACAAGACCAUCAGCGAAGAGGGGGAUUUCAGAGUUCAUAUUGUCACAUGGAAUGUAGGCUCUGGUAUACCUCCUGAUGACAUCACUUCCUUGUUUGGACCUGGUGUUGAAAAUGGGAGCACUGACAUGGUGGUUGUCGGACUGCAGGAAGUAAACUCUAUGAUAAACAAGCGGCUCAAAGAUGCUCUCUUCAUAGACCAGUGGAGUGAGCUCUGCAUGGACACACUCAGUCGUUUUGGAUACGUGUUGGUGGCAUCUCAGAGGAUGCAGGGGGUUUUCUUACUGGUGUUUUCCAAAUUCUGCCACCUUCCCUUCCUCAGAGGAGUACAAACCCAAAGCACUCGCACUGGGCUGGGAGGCUACUGGGGGAAUAAAGGGGGCGUAAGUGCACGCAUGAUGGUUUUCGGACACCCUGUGUGCUUCCUCAACUGCCACCUGCCGGCUCACAUGCGUAAUCUGGAGCAGCGGAUGGAGGACUUUGAAAGCAUCCUGCAGCAGCAGCAGUUCGAGGGCGGCACGGCUGUGGGUGUGCUGGAUCACGAUGUGGUGUUCUGGUUCGGUGAUCUGAACUUCCGAAUCGAAGGUUAUGACAUUCACGUGGUGAAAAGUGCGAUUGAGAAUGACAGACUGCCUCUGCUGUGGGAGAAAGAUCAGCUCAACAUGGCGAAAAAAAGCGAAUCCGUUCUGGAGGGGUUUAUAGAAGGCCCCCUCAAUUUCCCACCAACUUACAAGUUUGAUGUGGGGACACAUACUUAUGACACAAGUGCAAAAAAGAGGAAGCCUGCAUGGACGGACCGCAUCUUGUGGCGUCUGCGCAGGACGGGCUCCCCCGUGCCAUCCCAUUAUUCUGCACUCCAGCGGGGUUUGACCUCAUGGCUGGGCGGCGCCACCAGAGUUUCCCAGCACUUUUACCGCAGUCAUAUGGGCUUCACUAUUAGUGAUCACAAGCCAGUGUCCGCCCUCUUCUCUUUGCAUUUUCCCUUUAAGGUGAACCUACCAUUAGUGACACUGGAAGUGGAGAAGGAAUGGACCAAGUUCUCUGAUGCUACAGUUAAACUCACAAUGGCCCAUGGCUUUCAGAGGAGUUCAUGGGACUGGGUGGGACUGUACAAGGUGGGAUUUAGGCACCACAAGGAUUACGCUGCAUAUGUAUGGGCCAAAUCUGAGCAGUCGACACAGGUGACGUUUUCUGAGGAGGAUCUGCCCAGAGACCCGGGGGAAUAUAUUCUGGGAUAUUACAGUAACAACACCAACAGCAUCGUAGGAGUGACAGAACCAUUUCAGGUGCAGCUGCCCAUGUCCACACCACCUGCACCAGCGUGUCGCUCGCGCUCUGACAGUUCAGACGUCAGCUCUGAAGAUGACAGUACACUGGUGCUGUUGGUCCCCAGCUCUCGGAGCCCCAGCCCUGGAAACCACAGCAGCAAGCGGCAUCACCAGAAGCGCCAGCGCAGCCGCAGCCCCGCCGUACCAGCGCUCUCCGGGACGCCUCUUCCCUCCCUGCAGUCUCUGAGUCUGUGCCCACGUCCCCGCGAUGGCCCAGCACAGAGCUCCUCCCCGCGCCCUUCAGCCAACGCCAAGAAAGAGCGUCUGGUUUCUCCAGACACAUUAACUUCUCCCUCCCUCAGUCCUCUCAGUCCACGGAGCCCGGUGUCCCCCGUCAGCGCUCCGGAGGCUCUGAUAGCAGCCAUUUUAGGAGAGCCCAUGCCUCCUCAGAUAGGAAAAGCAGGCGAUGUGGUUCUCUGACCGAUCCCCCCUUCCCUUUCGCUUCAUUACUAGACUUUAGCAGAUAUCGUUAUGCAACAACUUGAGAGAAACGGCCUGUUUCAGAUCGUCCUCUGGCGGCUUUCAGACCUACGGCUGUUCGUGCUCUCAUGCCUUGUUGUGCUUAAUCGCUUCACAAACUUAUUCUCAGUUCUCAGUGAUAGAUUGUAAAUGGUGACAAUACAUCAGCCUUAUAGUGCAGGACAACCUGACCCAAGGUAAAUCUGUCCUUUUACCGUAGAAUCAAAGCAAACAGUGAUGUCAGCAUUCAUCUCAGCCUUUACUCUUAACUAGUCAUUGACCAGAGGCUUUAAUAGCCGAUGUCAAGAGGUUUAUUGUUAAACAAAAUUAUACUUAAGUACUGUACUUUGUUAUCUAAAAGAAAAUUAUAGGAAGUUUUCUCCUUUCCUUUUUAAAGUUGAUAAUCCUAUUUAUUUAUUGAAAACUACCAAUUGAGAACAGUGAGGUCCCGAAGUCUGAGACCACAUUUAAAACCUGGAUUCAAAUCUAACUUAAAACUUGAAGCAUAUAUAAGAAAAUAGAAGCACUUUUACUGGUGGACUCGUUAUUUGUAUGUGUGUAGAUUAGUAGUAAGAUUUUUUGUUGUAGUUUUCAAAAGAAAUGAAUACUUUUAUUUAGCAAGGAUGCAUAAAAUUCAUGAAAGCGAUGCUAAAGACAAUUAUAAUGUUACAAAAGAUUUCUGUUUUAAAAGAAAUGCUGCUCUUUUGAACUAUUCAUCAAAGAAUCCUGAGAAAAUGUACCACAGUUUCCACAUCUUUCACACGGUUAAUAAUCCGAAAUGUUUCUUGAGAAGCAAAUCAGCAUAUCAGAAGGAUUUCUGAAGGAUCGUGUGACACUGAAGACUGACCACAAACCAUUGCCUGUUUUCUGACAGCAAAUAAAAGAUGAACAUGAUUUUAUUUAAAAUUCUAAACAAAUCUAUUGGAGCUGAGUGAAGCUAGCGUGAGGUGCGUGUGGGCAAAAAACAUGUAGGGUGAGAUUAGCAAAAGUCGAACAAAUGCAUGUUAGGAUUCAUUCCCUUUAAAUCACAAAAGACAAUAAAAUUUAACGAAGUCUGACAGUACAUAGACUUCAUAUCAUCAGCAUAUCAUUGCAAAAAAUUCUCGGUUUUGCAUAUCUCUGCUUUCUGUAUUCUCUGUUCAUGUUUUCAACAAAAAUAAUUUGACUGGAGAGCAAAGAACACUUGAGUUUGUCUAUAAUCAUUGAUUUAUUGACUUCUAAUGUAUUUUUUUUUUUAAUUCAAAGUCAAAUGUUAUCCUGUGGCGUGAUUGUCCUCACAUUGAACUGUGAAGAACAGAAAUGUGUCUAAAUGAAUAAUGAGGACACAAUGCUAAAACCUAAAAAUACAAAUAAAAAAAUCUAAUUUUCACCCA